UUUCGCCUUUACACUCCAUCCAUGUUCCCCCGCUCGCGUACGCUGCUCGGCCUCGCCGGACGCCGGGCGUUCUCCCAGUCCGCCUCUCGCCAGGGCUAUGCGGACACGAUCCACAACCUGAGGAUCCACAAGGACACGAAGGUCCUCGUUCAGGGCGUCACUGGAAAGACGGCGACUUUCCAUGCUGCUGAGGCCUUGAAGUAUGGCACGAACAUGGUUGGCGGUGUCUCCCCGAAGAAGGCUGGCCAGACCCAUCUGGGUCUCCCUGUAUUCGGCUCUGUCAAGGAGGCUGUUCGCGAGACGCACCCCGACGCGACUGUCCUCUAUGUUCCCCCUCCCAGCGCUGCCGACGCGAUCAUUGACGCUAUCGAGAACGAGAUUGGCCUGAUUGUCUGCAUCACGGAGGGCAUCCCCCAGCAGGACGAGAUCCGCGUCGCGAACGCGCUCAAGAACCAGUCGAAGAGCCGUCUUGUCGGCCCCAACUGCCCUGGUAUCAUCAACCCUCUUGGCUGCAAGAUGGGCAUCCAGCCGGGCCACAUCCACACACCCGGCAAAAUCGGUAUCGUCUCGCGUUCGGGUACCCUCACGUACGAGGCUGUCGCGCAGACGACCGACGUCGGCCUUGGCCAGACGUUGUGUGUCGGCAUUGGUGGUGACCCCUUCCCCGGCACUACCCACCUUGACGUCGUCAAGGUAUUCCUCGAGGACCCGAACACUGAGGGUAUCGUCAUCAUUGGCGAGAUCGGUGGCUCCAUGGAGGAGGACGCGGCUGAGUACCUCGAGAAAUACAACAAGACGCGCGCAGUCCCUAAGCCGGUUGUUGGCUUCAUUGCUGGCCGUACGGCUCCUCCGGGCCGUCGUAUGGGCCACGCGGGUGCUAUCAUUGCUGGUGGCAAGGGUGCUGCUUCUGACAAGGUCAAGGCCCUGGAGGCCGCUGGUGCCAUCGUCACCGACAGCCCGGCCAAGAUUGGUUCCGAGAUGUUGAAGGCCAUGAAGGCGGCGGGCUUGGUCUGAGUACAUAUACCUGCUUUGAUAGAUGUGUGGAUUUAUCUGUCGAGGGAGCAUAUGGUCUCUCCGUACACUACUGCUCCUUAACGCCUCUGUAAUCAUACCACAUCGAAUCAAUCGAGCGUACUAGAGCAUAUGAUAAAUCCUAUACCUCUUGGCGAACAA